UUAGCAGAGCAGGGCAUAAUCCGAGUGUCAACAAAUCCAACUGUGGCUGUGACUGAUAUAAAGCACACACCGGAAAUAAUAAUAAUCAAACCUAUCUAAAUCCACUUUUAAAUGAUAAAAAGUCACAGUGUUAUCUAAACUUUGCAAAAUAUUUGCAAACAAACAAAAUUGAUGGAAAAAGUGUAUUUUCUCGCAGUUGAGGUUAGAAAGUCCCCCUCACAAUCAAACAACAAUCAAACAAUACCAACCGACCGUCUAAAACAGCUGUGUGUAAGGACAACAUCUCAGUAAUUUUUUUUUCAAAACAACAAAACAAUAUAAUUGAUAAUUGAAAAAACGUUAUCUCCCUAAUGUCUUCGAAAAUGGAAAUUCUCUGGAAACAAGCACUGAAAACAUUCGCCGGACGUGAAAGUAAUGGAUUCAAGCUCUGCCAGAAGAAUUUUGAGAAACUGAGGGCCCUCAUGAACGAGAUAACAGCGGAAGACGUCAAGGUUGAUAAGAAAGUACUGGAUUAUGUGGAGAAUCAGUGUGCACCAAUGUGUGUUAUCGACAUAUUCGAGAACCAAGACAUCACGAUAGCUAUUUUUUUGUUGAAGCAUGGAGUCACGCUGCCGAUGCAUGAUCAUCCUGGAAUGCAUGGAUUGUUGAAGGUGAUAAACGGUGCAGUGAAAAUCGACAGUUUUACAGUGCAAAUAGCUUCGGGUCGAGUAAUUCAACUAGACGAGGAACUUACAGCCCUGCAACAUGCCUCUCAAAUAAUCGAGACAAAUGACCCAGCCUGUGUUUUAACCCCUCACGACCACAAUUUGCACGAAAUAUCCUGUCUUAAUGGGCCUGCAGCCUUUCUGGAUAUUCUUAGUCCCCCAUACGACGUGGACCUUGACGAACGAGAGAGAAGCCUUCGACCCUGCACAUUCUUCCGUCAAAUCGCCCAAGAACAGUCUAACAGCCUGCCGGCAGAUACACCUGUUAGAGUGAAACUCAUGGCUGUUGAUCAACCGCCACUAUUUUACUCCACGAAUCUCAAGUAUUUGGGUCCACCUCUGAGAUGAGAUUUUAACUGCAUUUUAUUACAAUAAAUUCCCAAAGGAUUAAUUAAGUUAUGAGCAACUUUCACAUCUCUUAAUACAAGUCGCUGGACUCAAUCGCUCUUAUAUUUUUUUCAACAUGGAAUACAACUUUUUAUUUCAAUAAGAGUCGACCGGAAAUUUUCAUUGAAAAUUUCUUAUUUAUAAUAUAAUAUCAAUAAGAAAAAUCCUGACGAAUUAAUAAUAAAACGUUUGACCAAUAUUAAUUAAUAUUCAUGAUAAAAUACAUUUGAGCUUUGAAAAAUAAUGAAAUUUAUGUGCAUUCGCUAGAAAAUUUUACAAUUUAUUAAUUUACGAGACUAGUAAUUAAUCGAUUGACUUUUUACAUUAAUUUUAAGCAUAAUGUGGCAGAGCAGAAUGAAUCAUUCCGCUCAAUCCCUCUUACAAUUGCUCUCAUUGAUCUAAUAUAAUAGGAUUUUUCAUUUGACCAAUAUAAGGAGAAUUUUUAUUUAACUAAUAUUUUUCAUGGAACUAAAAAAUACUGAGAAAUUAAUCAAAUCUUGGCCGAAUAUUAAUUAAUACUCCAUGAUCAAAUACAUUUGCGCUCCCAAAAAUAAUAUACUUGGUAGGAAUGUCCUAAGAAAUCUAACGAUACUCGCAGAAGGGAAAGGUUUACCAAUUGACAAUUGAUCAAUUUAUAAAAAUUGUAUAAAAUUAAUCUAUUGGAUUUUGAGUAACUAUUUUAUUUGGAGCUGGAUGAAUUAUUUUGCUCCCAAGUCUCAUAUUUUAUCCUCUAUUUAUUCAACUACUACUAGAGAACAUUUCAGAUCAUCAAAUUCAAUGGUACAAACAAAUAUCGUAGAACGAUUAUGCACCUCCCCCUCCGCAAAAUAUAUAGUUUUGAUAGCCUUUUAGAAAUGCAAAGAUACGAAAUAUCGAGCGUUAAAGAUUCAGAUGAUUUACAAACUGGGGAUGGCAAUUCCAUGGAAAAAUUACCAACAUUGUUAAUCUAUGUAUUGACGAGUGAAAAAACAAUGGUACUUAAUUAAUUGUAAUAAAUGACUGCAAUCAUGCUGAUUGUCUGGAGAACAAAUAUAUUUGGAUGCCAAUGAA